AUGGAAGAUGAAGGAACAUAUUCCAAGAAAACUUUAGAAGAAUGUUCAUACAGAUAUUUGCAGCAACUAGCGAAAUCAAUGAAGCUUCCUUGUAAUGUUAAGAAGAUAUACCUGAUUGAACUCAUAUGGGCCAAAAAAUUCAGUUCGGCAAGUGAGGUGAAGAGCAUUGUGCAACGAGUUAAAUUGGAGCGAGAGCAACAUAGUAUGGCACAGGUUAGAAAGAGAAGCAACAAAGCUAAAUUGAAGUUAAUAAACAUUUCUGAAUUACAGAAUGCAGAAAUAUAUUCAUUAAGUAAACGAACACCAUCUCCACCCAUAACGGCAACGCCAAGGCGACCUGGCAACAUGCUGUUACAUUGCAGUCCAGAUCUGGGACAAACUGUUAUCAAAUACAAACCGAAACAAAGUCUGUCCCAUAUACCACAUAGAACAUAUCCUUCACCGAAGGCACCGAACGGAAGUGAUAGAGUGUUACGAAGUUUUAAUUUGAAAAGAUUAAAUAAAAAUUCAGGCAUUUUGAACAUAAAUGACACCGUAGUUGGGAUGAUUAAAACUCAGCAAAGAAUCAAUCCAAAAGAAACUCGCAUUGAAAUCGUGAGUCGUGAGGGAAACUACCCAAAAUUUAAUGUGACUGCAAAAUGUUUGGUGAAAAAACACAGGCCGAGCAUACUAAGUUCCAGUACUUUGAGCGCUGUUAAGACUUGUGAAAGCAGACAAUUGGUACCUGUAUAUAAUGGGAAUACUUCUCCACCAGCUAAGAGACAAAGAUCAAUUAGCGGGAUUUAUCCUUUAGUUCAUGAAGAAACAACAAACAGAUGUGAUUACCUGCAGAGUGUUGGCUUACGAGGCAGAGACGGGAAAAUGGCGAGAAUACAUGCAUUAAUACAAAGACGCUCAACGUUUACAGAAAAUUACGACAUACUAAACAUGCGUACCCCUGAAAUUAAUCUACAAGAUGUAAUCAAUUGCAAGAUUGAUGCUCAAAAUCUUGCUAGUACAAAUUUAAUGGAGUUUGUUUUAGCAGAUACAAAUAUUAACAAUAACUUUUUGCAACUACCUUAUCCAACUAAUCUAGACAAUCAGGAAAAUGUAGCGCAAAAUUUAGAACUAUUGAACAACAAGCAGAAUGUUAUUGAAAAGGAUGUGUCUGAUGAUAUGCAUUCAGUGUAUUAUCAUAAAAAAAUUAGGGCGGAACAAGUGAGGUGUAAUCAGUUUUUAGGCAACAGGGAGCAGAUUGUGGAAAAUCAGACAUUGCCCAAAAUUAAUGAGGUCUUCACAAAGUUCAAGGAUGUCACACAACCUUUGCAUGUUCAAGUUAGCAAUGAAUCCGACAGAAUACUCAAUAACCCAGUAUAUGUACCAAGAAAUAAUACCAACACAUGGAUGCUGGAAAAUAUUUACAAUAUCCGGAGUCAAUUCCUGAUCAAUCAGCCGUUGUUGCCAGUUGCAACAACAUCAAGCACAAAGUGUGUUUACAGCACACCGAUUUUGACUUCUGCAGCGGCGCAACCGACUUCCACUGUUGUAUCCAGCGAACGCUAUUCUUCUUUAGAGGCGGAUAGUCGGUACAGAAAUUACAGUGAUGACAAUAUACCGCGUCUCUCGGAGUUCCUCAGGUUUCCACAACAGAACGCGCAUGGAAACGAUUACGCGUAUAAUGAAGAGCUUAAUACUUCAGCGUCAUCGAUGGACACAUCACAAUCUCAAGGGCUGGGCGCUUGUGUUACAAUACCCGAAAUGGUAGAAGAUGCUCUUGAGAUCAUCAGCCAAGAUGGCGACUAUAUGGAGCGCAUAGGAAUGGACAUAAGGGUACAAUGCAUCCUUUGCUCUUGGGCUGGACCCAAGAUUAUGCUGGAAUAUCAUAUUAAAAAGGAGCAUUCAAGCCAAAUCUACAAACAGUAUAAAAACGAAUGGAAUAUUACGUUUACUUUAGGAAGCCUGGUGCAAUGUCAGCUUUGGCUCAGUCAAGUUAUAGAAUACGAUUCUGUACUCUAUGUUCUAAGCGCUAAGUACGAAGAUCCCGAUUGUUUUAUGGCCUCUUUAUCUAUCUUAACAACAGAAGAAAGCAUACAUAAAGUUGGAUCAAUUACAUUGUACAACAAAGUAUCUGGCGAGCCAUAUUUAUGGGAGGGGGUUAUACAACCACUCCCCUCCAACUUGCCCUACUACAAUGAUUUACAUUGCUUAAAGCUAGAAUUGUCUAGACUAGAUCUUUUACCUAAUAGCGCUAAUCUAAAACUACUAAAUCGUGAAUUAGUAAUCAAUUCCCCUAACAAAGUGGUAGUGGGGCAGCCAGAGUUGAAUGAUAUACAUAUUAUUUUAUUUAUUAAAAUAUUGGACUGA